UGAUUUUUUUUGUUAUAUUUGUACAGCAAUUUACCUUUGAGUAAUAACUAAAUAUUUUCCGAUAUCUAAUGGAGACGGUAAACCAGUGCCACUGCUGCCUUCAGCGACCCGCGGCGAAGGAUAUGAAGACUCCGUACACGCUGCUCGGAAUAACGGAGAUAUACUCGGACAUGUUACAAGAAUGCUUUGCAAUUGAUGCGAGUUUGGGUGAGAAUGUCAAGAGUGGGAUCUGCGAGGAAUGUGUGGGACGGCUGAGGGAAGCGCACAACUUCAAGCUGCAAGUGCAGCGCAGCCAGAACACGCUGCGGGAAAGUUGUCUUAUAGAACUCCAUAUCAAAGAGGAAGAUGUCAACAUCAAUAUGGAGGAUGAGGGGUCGCACGCGGCUACCGAAGACUACGUCUCACAGGAAGAUGUCAACAUCAAUAUGGAGGAUGAGGGGUCGCACGCGGCUAGCGAAGACUGCGUCUCACAGGAAGAUGUUAACAUCAAUACGGAGGAUGAGAGGUCCGACGCGGCGAGCGAAGCGGCCUGCGUCUCAGUGCCGUCGGGCGGUGUGGGGUGCGCGGAAGCGGAGCGCGCCAGACAGCAGCUCGCGAUGGCUUGCUGCGUGAGGCUCGCGCGCCUCCGCGACUCCCCGCGCGCGAGCCAGCCGUGCCCCGCGCCGCCGCCCGCCACUGUGCAGCGAGAGCCCCGCACACAACCCUACACCUGCGACACUUGCCGACGACAGUUUAGUUCUAAGCUUGGUUUGUCCAAACACAUAUCAGUAACACAUAAAACAUCUCAUACUUGUGGAUGUUGUUCUAAACAGUUUUCUUAUCACAUUCUUCUUCUUGAACACAAAAAAACUCACAAGGAAUUCAUUUGUGACAUAUGUAAUAAGGUACUAUCAAAUUAUAGCACACUAAAAAGCCAUAAGCGAAUACAUGCUGGGAAAAAAUAUAAUUGUGAAAUAUGUGACAGGAAUUUUGUACGUCCAGACUCAUUAAAGAAACAUCAUCAGCGAAAACACUCUUUGGAGAAGCCCUUCAGUUGUGAAGAGUGCCAAAGGCAGUUCAGCGAAAGAGAAAGCUUUAUGAAACAUAUUAAACGCAUUCACUCGAAAGAGAUUUCUAUACGUGAGCACAUAAAUACCCACCAGGAAUUCAUUUGUAACAUAUGUAAUAAGGUACUAUCGAAUUACAGCAAAUUAACAAUUCAUCAGCGGAUACAUACUAGGGUAACAUGUGAAAUAUGUGAUGAGAACUUUGCAAGCCCGGACGUAUUAAAGUUACAUUAUCAGCGAAAACACUUUGGAGAGAAACCUUUCAGUUGUGAAGAGUGCCACAUGCGGUUCAGCGAUAGACAGGGCUUAAGUAAACAUAAAAUAAUUCACUCAAAAGAUAAACCCUACGCCUGCGACACAUGUGGUAAGCUAUUUUUACGAUUAGUUUCCCUGCAAAUGCAUAAAGAAAUACAUACAAAACCCAAAUCUUUUACAUGUGAAUCGUGCAGUGAAAUGUUCAUAAGUAAAGCUGAUUUACGUAAACAUUCUUUAAUUCACACAAAUAUUUACGCCUGCGAUCUAUGUCCCAAGCGAUUUAAUCGAAAACGGGACCUCAAACAACACAUUAACAGAUAUAACGGGCAAAGUCAUGUGGCGCAAAAGGUCUUUAUCUGUGAUUAUUGUAAUAAACUAAUUUUGUGUAAGCGUAGCCUGGUCUUGCACUUGAAAACACACGUCGAUCGGAAGGAUUAUUCCUGUAACGUAUGUCAUAAAGCAUUAAAAACCUUGUCUUCUUUAAAACGACACGAGAAAAUUCACACGGCAGUCAAACCUUACGCUUGCGACAUAUGUAACAAACAGUUUUUACGAAAGGACAAUUUUAAUGAGCACGUCACGACACACGCGGGUAAGACGACAUAUUCUUGCGGCUUUUGUAGCUUAAAGUUCUUAUCUGUGUCUGGAAAGAACUUACACGAGAAAACUCACAUAAGUGAUUGAAUUAGUAGACCUGUUUCGAGGCUCACGCCGCUACCUCUGAAAAACACCCAACUAGGUCUGUAAUUAAUAGAGAGCGGAUUUCAUGUAGCGAUUUAAAUAUUAAUAUGGAUAUGACUAGUGCAUUUUUUAGGGUUCCGUAGUCAACUAGGAACCCUUAUAGUUUCGUCAUGUCUGUC